CAGCUAGCUCUAACCGGCUAGCAGGACUGUUGACAGUGCACCUCCCCGAAACAUCGGCAGCAGCGAAGCUGCACAGUCGACAUGGCAGGAAAAUAUCGCAACAGUUUUGUAAAGAAAGAUGAACUACUUCCAAGUCAUUUGGAAUAAUAUUCAUCACGAGAUGUGAUCCACCAUCCACAAUGUGUGAGGACAUUUAAGAACGAUUUAGUUCGGAAAAAAACAAAUCUUGAUUCCAGUGGAAUCUUCCAUAUAUCUAUAUAUAAUUUUUUUUUUUUUUUUUUCUUUGUGUUAAUUCUUACUUACAUUUAUAUAUACACCCAUCCCAUCAACAUAUAACCAUGCCUGUGCAAGCGCCACAAUGGACAGAGUUUCUGCUGUGCCCAAUCUGCACACAGACCUUUGAAGAGACUGUUCGCCGGCCCAUCAGCUUGGGCUGUGGACAUACUGUGUGCAAGAUGUGCCUGAACAAGUUGCACCGCAAGGCCUGUCCCUUUGACCAGACGGCCAUCAGCACAGACAUCGAGCAGUUACCUGUGAACACAGCCCUGUUGCAGCUGGUGGGAGGCCAGGUUCCCAAGGCUCAGCCGGUUGCCUUGAUUACAAGUCCAGAGGACACUCAGAACUAUGAGGUGGCUAGACAGUGUGUGGAGGAGCUGGCCCUCUACCUCAAACCCCUCAGCAACACCCGAGGUGUGGGUCUGAACAGCACAGCCCAAAGCAUGCUGAGUCGACCCAUGCAGAGGAAAUUGGUAACUCUGGUCCACUGCCAGCUGGUGGAGGAGGAGGGACGGGUCAGAGCCAUGAGAGCGGCGCGCUCUCUUGGCGAGCGAACUGUCACCGAACUCAUCUUGCAGCACCAGAAUCCCCAGCAGCUGUCCUCUAAUCUGUGGGCCGCUGUUCGUGCACGGGGCUGUCAGUUUCUUGGCCCAGCAAUGCAGGAGGAAGCCCUCAAAUUGGUUCUCCUCGCUUUGGAAGAUGGUUCUGCUUUGUCCAGAAAAGUGUUGGUUCUUUUUGUAGUCCAAAGGCUUGAACCACGCUUCCCUCAGGCCUCUAAAACCAGCAUAGGCCAUGUGGUACAGCUGCUUUAUAGAGCUUCCUGCUUCAAGGUUACCAAACGAGAUGAAGAUUCAUCUCUCAUGCAGCUGAAAGAGGAGUUUCGUACGUACGAGGCUCUGCGGCGGGAGCAUGACUCUCAGAUUGUUCAGAUCGCCAUGGAAGGAGGGUUGCGCAUCGCACCUGACCAGUGGUCUUCUUUGUUGUAUGGAGAUCAGUCACACAAGUCACAUAUGCAGUCUAUCAUAGAUAAGCUGCAGACCCCGGCAUCUUUUGCUCAAAGUGUGCAGGAGCUGACAAUUGCACUGCAAAGGACUGGGGACCCAGCCAAUCUCAACAGACUACGACCCCACUUAGAGCUGCUGGCAAACAUCGAUCCCAGUCCCGAUGCUCCUCCACCAACAUGGGAGCAGCUUGAGAAGGGGUUGGUAGCAGUGAAAACAGUGGUCCAUGGCCUGGUUGAUUUCAUUCAAAACCACAGCAAAAAAGGAGCUGAUCCUCAACAGCCUCCUCAGCACAGCAAAUAUAAAACAUACAUGUGUCGUGACAUGAAGCAGAAAGGCGGCUGUCCUCGUGGCGCCAGCUGUACCUUUGCCCACUCUCAGGAAGAACUAGAGAAGUAUCGUAAGAUGAAUAAGCGCAUGGCAGGUCGCUCAGGAGUGGUGUUUCCAGACGAUGGCCUUACUCCUGAUGUAACAGUGACCCGAAAGCAUUCACCAGUCACCAAUGGCAGCGGCGCACCAAACUUGCCCCAAUUAGUCGCCCGCGGCACCGACACAGUCCCAUAUGAGUUGCUGUCUAAACCUGCCAAGCUGGAUGGAGGAAGUCCAAGUGUUCCUGGAUCGCCACCAGAUGUCCUGGACCCCAUGCCCAAAAGUGGUAUACCACUGCCACCUCAUGGAAUGGCUCACCCCAGGAUAACAGCAGAUCACCUCACAGGGGUCAAGCAUAUCCCUGGGGUUGCCAGGGGUUCUCCAGUUUAUCCUCAACCCCGUGAUGUAUAUGACAUUCGUCCCCCACCUGCCUCUCAGUAUGAGCCACCACAGUACCCAGCAGGUUAUCCCUACCAACAGCCAACACAGUAUGUCCGGGAAUACAUCCGUAACGCCCCUCCGCCGAGUGAGUCAGGACCCCCUUACCAUGACCCUUACAGCGGCUACAGCGCUCCGGACCGCCCCUACCCCUCCCAGCACUCUGGCCCACCUUUUCCCUACUCCCACCCAUCUCACUAUGACAGAGGUCACCACGGUGCCUACGGCGCCCCUCCUCCGCCCCCUCAGCCUUAUCCGUCUCAGAGAGAUCCCCUUGUCAAAAUGAGUCCUGCUCCCCUCGAUGUUCCGCCCCCCUCAGCAGGGCAGGCCAACUCCCUCUACCACCAAGAAGCGAGUUCCCGGGACAGAUAUGCCCCAGACGGCUACUAUCCUCCGGGUUCCCACCCUCCACCUAUGAGGACUUACGUCAGGGGGUCACAAUACAGCGGUUCACAGCCCAGCCUAGACUAUCUCCACCGACGACGGCAGGAACUGUUAUCUCAGCUGGCAGAAAGGAAGGUCAUCUCUCCUCCACCAUUUGCCGCCUCCCCCACUCUUUCACAUCCCUUCCCCAGCGACUACCCCCCUGAGUAUGGCGACGAGAGCUCCAAAACGAUGAAAUGCAGAGAGUCCGACUACACAGGGCAGUACUCACCCUGGUCCUGUGAAACCAUUGGCUCUUAUAUUAACACAAAGGAUGCCAAACCCAAGAACGUUAUGGCUCCUGGUACCAUGGAGAUGAUGAAUGUGGAUGAUAAAGGUCAGAGGGAGCCAUCAUUGGAGGCCCCUCGCAGGGGAACGGAAGUGAAAGAUGAUGACCCUAUUAUACCUUUUGGCCCCCAGCCCACUGUAUCACGCUUUGGCGCCAUCUCCCGCACUUCAAAGACUGGCUAUCAGACCACUGGCCCAGUGCAAGCUAUGGCUUCCGCUCUCCAGAACCCCAACUCUAAACACAUGACCAUGCCUGAUUACUCAUAUGGAAGUCAUGGAGGAUGGGCUGGAGCUUCAUACCCCUCCCACCAGACUGCCUCCUCCUCUCAGGGACACUUUGAGCGCCUUCCCAUGACAGCCCCAGAUAGAGAACAGUUAAAGAUUGAGCUGCAGCAGGUCAAUCAGCAGAUCACUCAACAGACACAGAUGCACAACAUAGAGGCCGCCAGUAACUCUUUGCUUCUGCAGAGGGAGGCCAGCGCAUUGGUCGUCCAGCCUGUGCAACCCAGCCAGGGCCCAGCGGCAGUGAUUCCACAGCAACCGCAGCCCAAGUGGCCAGUAGGGGGUGCCGGUGUGUCAGCUGUCUCCAAUGAGCAGUUAAGCUUGGAGCUCCACCAGGUGGAGAGAGAAAUUGGCAAGAGGACCCGAGAGAUGGCUUUGCAGGAAAACCAAGUAGCUCAUGAUGUCCAACAGUACAAAAUGCAGUCUGCAGAGAAUGGACAACCAGAGCACGAGAACCAACUGGAAGAAAUCUCUCUGGCUCUCGGCGAAGUGUCCAACGGCUCCAGCAGUCUGCAAGAAAAUGCAGUGGGCGGGUCCAUGCUGUCACUGACCAAUAAGACGGCUGCAUUGAGCAUGUGUUCUGAUCCAGUUGUUGCUGGUUCAGAGAUGCAGAAGAAUGGUGUUGUCCACUCCUGCUCAUAGGAACACACACUUAUGUACACGCACACACAUACAUACACACACACAAACACAUACAAGAUGCUCAUUUGAAAAGCAUGCACAGGCACACAUACACCCAUUCUAUUUAGAAGAUGAGCAGUAUCUGCCGUGAUGAUUUUCUUUCUUUUUGUUCUGUGAAUGAGCUUUUUUAUGACUUUCCUUGCCUGGAAACCAGAGCAUAUAAUAACAUUUCUUGUGUGUUAUUUCUUUCUUUUUUUUUUUUUUUUUUUGUACUGGUAUUUGAUUAACAAGGCUCAAAAUUGAUACAUCAGGAAAAAUAAAUGGUGGUGAUGAUGACAACAUGUGUAUAUUUAUUAAAAUUGGUAAAAUGCCAUAAAAGCAGAAUUAAACUGAAUUCCCCGCCACCCUAACAAAACAGGGGUGGGGCGAGUACUGCCUGUAGGGCCGUACUUGUAGUUUGAACGGUUACACGGAGAGGUGCACAAGUUAGAAAGCACUUUCACAUCACAUACAUUUCAAGGAGCUUAUCUCAAAGUUUUGCUUUUUAAUGUGACUUUAAUAUAGGAAAGAGCUAACGUGUGGCUCGGCGCUCACCCCCAAAAUUGUAACGAGAGGUUGGCCAGAUGCAGAUGUCUGUGGAGGGAAAACGCAGAAAUUUCACCAGUUAUUCAGCCAAAAUGGACACGUCAGGUGCUUUUUUAGAAAUGCAUUUCUUCGGAAAGUAUCAUUUUUAUUAUUUUAUUUUAUGAACAGCAUAAUUUCUAUUUCAUACUUGAAAGCAGUAUCUAUUUAAUGAAAGCAUUCUGUUUUAGAGAUUGCAGUUGUGUUGAUAAUGAGAUUUCUUUUUCGAUAAGGGAAAUAUUCUGUGCUUCUCUUGGUUGCGGUGUGACCUUGACGUGGUUUACGUUCAGCACCUUUCGCCUGCGUUUCUGAGCACAGCUAGGCCUGGCUCAUAAUAAAAUAUAAAUUUUUUCUUGUAUUAAGGCUAAUAAAAAAAAAUCAAAAGCAUUUCCCUCACCAGAGCUUCUCUUCUGGCCACACAGAGGCCUCCCCAUUGGGAUUAUCUUGUCACUUGUUCUCAUAACUUCUAUGAAGUUGCCUUCCCUUGUGUUUUUUUUUUUUUUUUGCUUAAUUUUGAUUGUUUGCUUUACAUUGUUGCAAUUUUGGGGCGGUGCAGCUUAUCUCCUGAAAACUUUAGCAAUGAAGCAUUGCUGAAAAUGUGUCCUCCUUUCUUUAGACUAUUUGCAUUUUCUGCUAAUCCUGGGAAAUCUUCCUGUUGUCGAGGCUCAACAAUGGAUUCGCAAAACCUGUUUACAGCUUGAAGAACAGCAGUGUUAGUUACUGAAGAGGCAAAUCUGCUUCUUCUUCCAAACUGUCCUGAAGUGCAUUUACGACAACUGACCAAAAAGUCAAUUCAAUAUUGGUUCUACCGUCCCGUGCUGUCUUCAUCACCACCAUUACUACUGCGAUAGCUCUUUCUUUAACAGAUGAACUGUUUACCACUGAUUCUCUACACAGAGCUCUCUGCCUUCUGUAAACAAUUAGCAUGAGUUCAUGUGCUCGAACGGUUAAAAAGAUAAAGAGUUGCUCUGAGUCAAGUUGUUGUAUUGAGCCCUCAUUUUGCUUAUAAACUGUCGGACAAAUCCCUGAUUACUGAUGAGUCAGUUCAAGGCAUAAACAUCAGGUAUUGUAGGGCGCCUCUUUCAAUUUGUCAGCACAAGGGUUGCUAUUUUGUUUUCUCUCCAUCCACACUUAAAAGCCUCGGGCUGCUCCUUGCUACAUUUAUUGUUUAGGUACACAGCUCACUUAUACAUAUGAGUAUGUAUACAUACAUUAAUAUACUAAAGCACUAUUAAUGUGCCACCUCUUACUCUACUUGCUCAGCAUUUAUAUUAAAUGAUCUCUACUUAGAAUCAGCUAAAUGUUGUUCUUUUUUGUUUGUUUUUUUAUUUGUUUUUCUGUCCACUGGUUGCCAACACAGACUUUAUCCUUUCCCAGACGAAGGACCUCUGUGUGCAUUGAUGUGUGUUCACUUAAAUCUUUUGUGUUCAAACAAAGUUGUUCUUUAUAGAAUAUGCUUCCGAAGAAGACAAAAAUCUGUAACUUUGGAAAAAUUUAUAUGGAGAUGUUUUUUCGUGUGUGAUAGAUUGUAUUGUAGGAAACGUACCCUCAUUUUUCUUUGUAUUUUUUUAAUUUCUUUUUUCUUUCUUUUUUUGUUUUUGUUUUGGUUACUCCCCUUUAAUUGUGCUGUACCUGGUCGUAGUGUUGAGAUUUUAGAACAGGUUUGGGUCUUCUCUCCCCCUCGCCCCACUACCGCUCCAGUGACAAUAACCAGGAUGUUUCUUCUGACAGAUUAGCUUUCAUUUCCUCUGUAAUGCUCUUUUUACAUUAUUUGUUCAAGGAGCAUUAGACCUGAAAAAAUGAACACAUCACAGUUUAGAGUCGUACCAAUGAGCUCUAAGUUUGAGUAAGCCAAAACUACCAAAAAGCUUGUUCUGCUUGAUGGGUCACCACAGGUCUGAAUGAGCCUAAAACACCUGUUCACUUAGCAGAGCGUUUGUGCAGUGAUUGUAUGAGGGAAGUUUACUUUAUAGUAAAUGGCAAAGAUGUUUAUUUCAAUCUUGUGUGUUUUGUUUUGAGUGAAACUGCUGCCUACACCCUUUUGAUGAUAAAACAACCACCCACACCCUUGACCACUGACCUCUGUUACUGCUGUUUGAGGCUCACAUUUUAUUCUCAGACUUUCUGAGGAAAUUCACAAAUGGAUUUUUAUAUUAUUACUCCCUUGUAAAAUAUCUCUUAAAUUAAGGUACAGGUUUGAUUUCAGCAAGAAAAAAAAAGGUUUUUAUAUGUAUAUUAUACUCCAUUAAGGAAUGUCUAGAAUUAUCUUCCUCCAAUGUGGAUGUAGCCAUUAAUACGCCAUUUUAUGACUUUGUAAGAGAAUUCACUGUGUGAAAAUUGGUUUGCAUUUUUGUAUAAUACAAUCUGCUUUCUUUUUUUUGUGUUUGUUUGAUACGAGAGGGAGCUCAAACUGGAAGUUUGAAGAAAGGAAAAAAGAACCUGUGAAAUUGAAAAAAAACAACAAAAUGUAACUUAUGUGCAACAGUGAUUCUGAGGGGGAAAGAUUAAAUGAUAUUGCUAACUAA